CAUGAAUACAUUUGCAGCUUUAAUUAUCUCGGAUCUGAAAAAAGCAUGGUACAUUGAAAAAGUGAAACAAGCUCAUCCAAUGAACUACAGGCACAGCUUCGCGAAGUCUUUAUUUCGGCGUUUUUACUCCGUAUCCACAUACAUGUGUUAUACAAGUAGCGUUGCAGCAGUGAAAUAAUUAGUCUCGCGCUCGGAGGACCUCAUUAAGUACAGAGCGAAUGCGCGACAGUACUUAUAUAUACCUGUAGGUGUAUUACAUUUCCGCAACGCCACGCAAGCAAAUAGAAGCAAGGCCUUAUUUCAGUGAGUGCACCUUCCCGAGUACAGUCUACUUCCAUCUCCGGUAACUGAUCUUUAUUUCUGAUCGCAAAUAAAAAACUGUCCAGCCGAAUUUCCGAUUAAAGAUAAUAAAUUGAUCUUGGGCCAAAGACAAGACACCCAAGUGAAGCAUAUCCUGGAGUAAUUUCCGGGAGGUAUUAGGAGCUAAAGUUCUCUUGUAAAUCCUGGAAGAUGUAUAGUGUCCACGUGACACCAGGGAAAUCCUCUGACAGGCAGAGCACUUCGAAGCAUUCACGGAAUCCAGAGAGCGAGAUCAUUUACAAGAGCCAACGAAGAGAAUCCAUCCCUGCGAAGGUCUUCAACUACAUCCGCGCUCAGUUCCAAGCCGAGGGUAUUCCUGAGGACGAACUUGAAGAACUCGGGGGCGUUUUAGGGGGUUCUGGGGGUGGUGCCCUGACAUUAGGAGGUCGUCAUAGGCCUGAAGAGUUGACCACCCUGGCGGCAACUACGAGAUUCACCAGGAAGGAGAUCCAGCUGAUCUACAGGGGUUUCAAGCAAGAGUGCCCAACUGGUCUCGUCGACGAGGAAGCCUUCAAGCAGAUCUUCUCACAGUUUUUUCCUCAGGGUGAUGCGAGUCAGUAUGCUCACUACGUUUUCAACACCAUGAAGCGGAAACCCUCUGGCAAGAUUAGUUUUGAGGAGUUUCUGACUAUACUAUCCAAGGUAUCCAGAGGUUCCGUCGAAGAGAAGCUACAAUGGGUCUUUGGACUCUACGAUCUGGAUGGUGAUGGAUUGAUCAGCAAGGAAGAGAUGCUUGGCGUCGUGGGAUCAAUCUACGAGAUGCUGGGACGUUACACACAGCCACAAAUAGUUGAGCCACAGAUGGCCGCGCGUGAACACGUGGAUCGUAUAUUUCACUUAAUUGACGCGAACAAGGAUGGCGUGGUGACGAUUGAGGAGCUGGUCCAGUGGUGCUCCAAGGAUGAACAGCUUCUGCGAAGUCUCGAUACUCUCGAUACCGUCUUGUGAGGACUGUUAGCUCAGUUAUAAAUUCAAACCACAUACCACUCUCGAUUAACAUAAGGAGGGAUGUAUGAAGAAUUUCUACAACCUCUUUGUAGACGCCAAUCACAGACACGUACCCACAUAAACGAACACAUACACCGUGUAACCCCACUCGUUGCCUUUCGUCGCGAUCGAUCUCAACGUCAAAACCUCCCCUAUGGAGUGGACAUCCCUUACUGGGACAAUUCUUUGGGCGAUCAACCCCUAUCAUUCAUAGACUUUCCCCCUAACAAACAGCACGUUACCUUAUCAUAGGAUAACCUUUAUAUAUCUCAAAAGGACUGAUUUCUACUUUUUCUCAUAUUCUACCCAGUCCUUUCUUUUGACCACUUUUGCUAUCUUCCCCCUGUCAAUACAGUCCCUUUGGAAAGUGCAAGCAUGUUAAACAAAUAAUCAACAGCAACUAUGGUCCAAAUAAGAUUUGCCAAAAAUUUUUUAAAGUUACCUUAUAUAAAUAUACAAGAUUGUUCAGCUCAGUUGAAUUUAACAAUUGUCACGCAACCUCCUUAAUCAGUACUUUGAUCAGAUUGCAUGAUAAUUGUCAAAUGCCACUAACACAAUUUAGUUGAAUAACUCUUUACGCGUGCGUAUCGUACCUAACCUACCCUGUCUUUCAAAGAGUGACGAACGAUAUCGUUCACUUUAUUAAACAGUAUUAUUUAAAAAAUUCCAUUAAAAAUGGAACUCGCGUGCGACUUCACCUUCCGUCUUACAUGCGUGCAAACGCGCGCGUCUUGUAAUCGCGUGGAAAUGGUACCUUAAAAAAAUUUUGACAAAGUUACUCCUUAAUCCGUAAUCUUUUUCCCAGCUGCGUUAUUAACUCGACUUUUCUGUACUAUUCUCUAUUUCGCAUUUUAGACCAACUUAGGAGCGUAGCUGCGACUGCGAAGCAGACUCUUGCUAUUGGCUUAGUGGUGGCACAAAGGUUCAAUGAGAAAGAAACGAAGACGAAGCUACGUAGAAUGCGAAUGAAAGCCACCGAUUAUACUUAGAGCGUUUUUUUAGAUGAUCUAGCUGGCGUUUGACCAAACAAAAUUUAAAGGAACAAAAAGAAAAAGAAAAAAAAAAGAAGAAAUUACUGCGGUCUAUCGCGGCUGCACCUCGUGUGAUUCUCCUGUACCUUACUACUAUUUAAUUAUUACUGAAUGAUAUUAUACAUACAUUAUAUAUAUACGUCAUUGCGAUAUAUUAUACGAUUGAAUUUAUUAAAAAUAUUUCACGAGUCUAUUGAACAAAUUCUAUGAAGUGUAUAUAUACAGACAAAUAUACAUAUGUAAAGUACAUAUACAAAUAUAUACAUAAAUGCAGCAAUAUUAACUCUAAUGUUAAUAACGUAUAUGUAUAUAUCUAUAUGUAUAUAUAUUAUAUAAAGAAUAGUGAAAAAGACGAUGAUAUUACCUUUGUACCUCGUUGUGCUCGCUCGUUGAUUAUAUAUGAUAAUAAGGAUGAUGAUAAUAAUAAUAAUGCAAUUCUGGCAAUAAUUCGGAAA